CGACCAAGAAGAAGAAGAUGCGUCACGCACAACGUGCUGUUGGAGCAGAAAGCAACAUGGCUGUGAAUGGAGAUGAAGACUUUGAAUGGGAGCCUCCGACGGAUGCAGAGAUGAAGGUGAUCCAGGCUCGCAGAGAGAGACAGGACAAGAUCAGCAAGCUAAUGGGAGAUUACCUCCUGAAAGGGUACAAGAUGCUGGGGGAUUGCUGCGAGGUGUGCGGGACUAUUCUUCUUCAGGACAGACAGAAGAAAAACUACUGUGUCUCAUGUCAGGAGCUGGACUCCGACGUUGACAAGGACAACCCUGCUUUAAAUCCACAAGCUGCAUUGUCCCAGGUGAGAGAGAGGCAACUCGCAGCCCACUCUCCUGCAGCGACCCACGUCCUCGAAGUCAACGCACGGCCAACCACUGGUCAGGUGGGCGUAUCUGUUCCCCAGCCCAGACCGGAACACUGCGAGGGGGCCGCCGCUGGAGGGAGAGGCCUUUUGCCUCCAUCAGUCACCGCUUCUCCUCCGUCUCCUGUCUCCACCACCACCCUGGCGCCCAUUCAACCCCCGGUUUGUCCACCACAAAGCUCCACCCUCCUACCCGUUUUGGAAGAAGCAGAAGAAGCCGUCCUGACUAAACUUCGCUGGGCCACCAACCAGUUACAGAGCUCGGCCUCACUGGAGGCCAGCAUCCAGCUGUGCAGCCUGAUCAGCAGCUGUGCCAACUCGCUGCGAAGCCUGAAGGAGCUCAGCCAGUGAGCGCAGCGGGCCGCCUGAAAACCAUGAAGGGUACUGGUUGUUUCCCUUGCUUCACUCCCUGAAUGCUUGCUUACAGCUCACAUCUCCAAAUGUUCCUGACGUCCCUGAAGUGGGAUCAAAAUGUUCAGGACAUUUAAAGUGCAUCAUUUACUCUUGAUAUUACACAAGCUGGCAGAAAAUGACAUUCUAGUGUAGUAUCUUUUCUUUUUUUUUUUCAAAUUGUAUCCUGAAAUAACAUUUUCAGAACAUCUGAUGAGUAUGUAUUAGUUUUAAAGCAGGUUUUACAAUCAGGCCUGUUCUGCAUAGAAAAGGAAAUCCUGUAUUGAUCUCUGCCCAUGAUAUCAUAGCCUCUGUUUUAUCUACAAACCUGCAAAAUUCUGCCAAGUUACAAGCAAAUCUAAGCUGUAAGCCGAGAAAUGAAUGUGGUGUUUGGACAAUAAGACAUUUGGACAUAAUUUUCAGUUCUAAUGCCGUUUAAACUGAUUUAAAGCUUCUCUUCUGGAUUCUCUCGGGGUGCAAAGAUGGUUCAUGUGAGGCUUUUGGUCAGGUAAAGAUGACAGUGCUGUGGAUGUGUUGCACGGAUGCUUGUAUGAGAUUUAUCCUUUUUUUCCAGUACAUGUUGCAUGUAGAAUAAAUAAAUCUUUGCAUUGCACAUCUUGAGACGGGACUUUGUAUUAUCGGUUGUUCAAAAUGGGUAGUUUUUUAGUAAUAGACCAGAAUAAAUCAUAUUCUGAAGCUGCACAGCCUGUUUCCUUCCACAAGAGGGCGUCAAAUAUAUAUCUAAUAAAACA